GCGCGUCCGGCCUGCGCUUAGCAACGAGACUCAUAAGCACCCAGCAGAAAACGAACUGAAAGCGGAUUGUUGAAAACUCGGCCCAAGCACGGAAAAGUGAGCAUAAAAAAGGUUGCCAGAUACAUAUAUUGUUGAUUCAGAAUGGGUCAGACCCUAACAAGAGCAGCUAAAUGGACGUCUGCCAGUGAGGGCGGGGAAGGCAAGCUGGAAUUUACGCCAGUCAACGAGAGUCUUCUCAACAACAUCAUCAAGUUUGUAGAGCCUUUCUCCUCAAAGCAUCCAAACGAAGCUGGACUAGUCUUUAGAAACCCUAUACAAUGGAAAACCAAUAUUGAAGCAUCAUCCUUCUCAGGAGACUAUGAACACAGUGAUGAUGGUUUGCGUUCCAUUGCAACUGACAAAGAUGAGCAGCCACUUCUGCAACUUCAGAAGCUCGGUGAGCUCCACUCGAAGCUUAGCGUCAGGUCCAUGGAGCAGCUAGCUGCAGUUCUCAGGGUUGCCGGAGACAAGAAAAUGACAGAAACAAGAGCUAUCUUGGAAAGCAACAGGGAUCCACUAGCUAAGAUCCUAGGGGAAGGCUUUGCUACUGUAGAAGGAGAGGACAACUCAGCAAUCAGGCUCCUGGAAGAAACGCAGAAAGAUGACUCAGAAGAGGCUCAAGAGAAGAAGUUGAAAGUCAAGCUCCUUCUACUUAUCAAAGACUUUGACAUGCAACUUAUGAACCAGUAUCUCUCAGAAGUAUCAGGGGAAAUUCGUCUCACUCCCCAGCAAGUGAACGAUGAGGUAGAGCUACUGCAGAAGUUUUGUGGGGAGGACAGUCACUGUGCCUUAGGGUCUAUCCAGUUCUCAUCUGACUACCAGUUUGACAAUGGUUGUCAUGCCCCGCCCUGGAGACAGGUCCAUGGAGACAUAGGAUACCUGCUCAUCAAACCACACGAUGGAGAUCAGCUAUCAGUCACUGCUAACACAGCAGGAAUUUAUCAAAACAAGGGCUGUGAAAAAGAAGGUGAAGAGCUGAACUAUGACCGAGUUGGUGAGAUCUUCCGCAGCCUGGUUGCCUUGGUCUCGUCAAAGAGUGGCAAAUUCAAGCAGGUGAUUGACAGCAAGGAAUUUCAACUGCAAGGUGAUACUAACCCUGAACAAGUCAGCAAUUAUGAAGAAGACUUUGAUGAGGAAGACGGUACAGGAGACAGAACAGCCAGAGAAGAGAAAAAAGAAGUGAAGGAAGAGGAAAAGAAAAAGAAAGAGAGAAAGACAAGAAAGAAGGCUAAACCAUCCAAGAAGUCAAUGCAAGCCACUCUAAACUGGAAAAAUGACAUGAAUCAGGAGAAAGAUGGUGAAAAGAAGGAGAAAUCAGAGAAAAUUUCUAGACAGACAAGUGAUCGGCUGAAAUCGAAGACACCAGCAAUGGAAGAUGACUUCUCAUCCAGCUCCUCAGAGUCUGAAGAAGAGGAAGAGACGACAGACAGGAGGCAGGAGCAAAACUCGGAUCUUCCUUCAGAGUACUGGCAAAUUCAGAAACUUGUCAAAUACCUCAAGGGAGGUAACCAGACUGCUACUGUGAUUGCCUUGUGUGCCACCAGAGAUUUCAACCUUGCCCAGGAGACCUGUCAGCUAGCUAUCAGAGAUGUUGGUGGUCUAGAGGUUCUUAUCAAUCUCCUAGAGACAGGAGAGAUCAAGUGCAUGAUUGGCUCACUGAAGAUCCUGAAAGAGAUCUCCCAGAAUACCCAAAUCCGUCGUGCCAUCGCUGACCUUGGUGGCCUUCAGACCAUGGUCAAGAUCCUCAAAUCCUGUAACAAGGAUCUGAAGUGCUUGGCAGCAGAAACCAUUGCCCAUGUGGCCAAGUUUAGAAGAGCUCGCAGGACGGUCAGACAACAUGGAGGAAUCAGAAAGUUGGUUGCACUCCUUGACUGUGCACCUCUUGGUUCAGCCCCUGUCUCUGUUGAGAUAGAGAAAGACAUUGAUGUUGCCCGCUGUGGGGCACUUGCCCUGUGGAGCUGUAGUAAGAGCACCAAGAAUAAACAGGCCAUUAGGAAGGCUGGUGGUAUUCCUCUCCUGGCCCGCCUUCUUAAAUCUCCUCAUGAAAACAUGCUGAUACCUGUAGUAGGUACCCUCCAAGAAUGUGCUUCAGAGCAUAGCUACCGUCUUGCCAUCAGAACAGAGGGCAUGAUUGAAGACCUGGUCAAAAAUCUUAACAGCGAGAACCAGGAACUCCAAAUGCACUGUGCAAGUGCAAUCUUUAAAUGUGCAGAAGAGAAAGAGACCCGUGACCUGGUGCGAACCUAUGGAGGUCUAGACCCCAUGGUCUCUCUGCUGGACAAUUCAGAUAACAAGGAACUACUAGCUGCAGCCACUGGUGCCAUCUGGAAAUGUGCCAUGAGCUCUGAGAAUGUGAUGAGAUUCCAAGAAUUGAAGGCCAUUGAAAGGCUUGUAUCUCUACUCAGUGACCAACCAGAAGAGGUACUUGUGAACGUUGUAGGAGCCCUUGGAGAAUGUGCUGCUCAAGAACCUUCUAAUAGGCAGUUGAUCCGUAAGGCUGGAGGUAUCCCAUCAUUGGUCAAUCUUCUGACUGGUACCAAUCAAGCUCUCCUUGUCAAUGUGACCAAGGCUGUAGGAGCUUGUGCCACUGAAGCUGAUAACAUGGGCAUCAUUGAUCGAUUGGAUGGAGUUCGAUUGCUAUGGUCACUCCUGAAGAACCAGAACCCAGAGGUUCAAGCCAGUGCAGCUUGGGCUAUCUGUCCGUGCAUUGAGAAUGCCAAGGAUGCUGGUGAAAUGGUGAGGUCUUUUGUAGGAGGCUUGGAGCUCAUUGUCAGCCUCCUCAAAUCUGAAGACAAGGAAGUGUUGGCCAGUGUGUGUGCAGCUAUUGCAAACAUCGCCAAGGACGAGGAAAACCUUGCUGUUAUCACUGACCAUGGAGUGGUGCCUAUGCUGGCCAAGCUAGCCUCAACGACUGAUGAUAAACUGAGAAGACAUCUAGCUGAUGCUAUUGCUAGAUGCUGUAUGUGGGGCAACAACAGGGUGGCUUUUGGUCAGAACCAGGCAGUAGCUCCACUUGUCAACUACCUCAAGUCACCUGAUGCCAGUGUCCAUUGUGCUACGGCAGAAGCACUCUACCAGCUGUCUCGAGAUCCAAACAACUGCAUUACCAUGCAUGAGAGUGGGGUUGUCAAGCUCCUGGUCUACAUGGUAGGCUCUGAUGUACCAGCUUUACAGGAGGCUGCUGCAGGCUGUAUUGGAAAUAUCAGAAGACUGGCUCUGGCCAAUGAGAAGGCCCGCUAUAAAUAGAUUUCUACCCUACCAAUAGCUAUCAACCAAUAGGAGAACAGAUACCACUGCCUGUUCAAAGACAUUUGUGACCUGACUUUCAACAACACCAAUAGGUUUAAAAUAAUGGAAGGGCAGUUACCACUAAUGUCUGAAGAACAUUUUGAAUCAGCUCCGGCAAAAAACCUAUAAGAAAUCCUUAUGAAGUUGGAAGUAUACCUUGGAGUUUACCUGGUAUGACUAGUCAGAUUAAUGUACAUGUUACAUCAUGUAUAAACUAAAUUACAUUAAAAAAUUGUAAUAACAAUUCAAUUGUUAAAAGUAGAAUAACUGGUUUUAACUGUUAAGAAUAACAUGGCAUGAUGAAAUGGAAAAUUAGUAAAAUAUAUGUUAUUAAUAAGGACUUUUGUGACAUAAUUUUGAUUGACAUAUUCCACUGUUAUAUACAUUAGAUAUUGUCUUUGUAAAUUUGUUAAAAUGUUAUAUUACAUUGUCAAAAAUUUUUUCCCACUCUUUAUGUAAGAAAAUGGAUGUGCACAAUGUAAUUGUAGAAUCAGUGGGUAAAUUAAAUCGUAGCCAACUGAAAAUUCUUAUCCUCACUCAUGUUUACAGCAUUCUUUCAAGCUACAGAGUUUAUUGUGCCGUCCAACUGCAUUCCUUCAGUUUUGCUAUCAAUGUUAUUGCCUCAGAGUUCAUAAGAUUUUCUUUUUGAUUUCCUUCUAAAAAUUGUUGAAUGUGGGGGAUUAAAUCCUGUUGAAAUUUCUUUUUUAAAAUCAAUGAAUGACCAAACUAUAAUGUACAAACAUAUAAUUUGCUAUAUGCUAAAUAUUUUCUUCAAUCCUGUGCUAAUAUGCCUGCUGAAUUUCUCUUAAAAAAA